AGAUUGCUCGCCAAAGGAGUCAAAUGAGUGCGCAGAUCUCCCCACACAUGGCAAUGGGUUCGCCAAUGAAUGCAGAUAACUUUGGAGCUAACCUUGGUGCAUCCAGCUACAAUCAGCAAUUGUCGACUCAGCGGAUGGAUUUGAAUAUGCACAACAUGAAGUUCGGAUACGAUUUCAAUGCCGCCAGCCCUCACGCGAGCUUCAGUAACCAUGGCAAUAACACCGCCUUUGCUACGGGGCAGCGUGAGUCGUCGACAAGUUUGGAGUCUCGCCUGGCACCUCCAGGCAGCGGUGUGUUCUUAGACAACAGCACUGCGGGAAUGGGCCAACUGAACUCUGAUGUGAUGGCUUUUAAUGCCGGAAAUGUCGGUCACAAGGGCCAGAACAUGCGCCAAUUGGAGGCAUUACUGGAGAAGGAUACGCCGGCGCCCGAGCCCAAGUCAAGCAAGGUCCUUAUACCGCAGUCUAUGCUACCGCCAGAACUCAUCGAGCAGGGGGCUGAGAUCAAUAUCGUCGACGACUUGCUGGCCAUAACCAAUACACCUUCUCAGUUCGGAAGGUUUAGAUAUAAAAGCGAGCAAAGGGAAAGGCCUUUAUCGGCCGAGAAAGGAUUUCCGGAGGUUACGCUCAAUCCUGCGUACUCACACUUGGUGGCAGUUGGGGCUAUGGUGACUGUCCGGAUCGUGACGAAGACAACGAAUGAGAAAAUGGAAGUACUGCCGCAUUAUCACGAACUCGGAGGAACCAGCGAGGCGCCUUUGCUCGGGCCGCAGCGAAAGGCUGUAUUCGACAAUCUCACUGUAUUGAUGAGCAAGCACACCGGCAACAAGAGCGAUACCAAGAGGAACAAAGAUGACCAGCGCGCAUGUCGAUUACUGUUUGAGUUACAGUUCACUAGUGGAGAUAAAACACUCUAUGGUUAUGUAGUGUCCUUCCCGAUCUUCAAUGCUAAACUGAUGAUUAACAAACUGAGCACUGGGUUCGGAUCUUGCAAUGGACAAAAUGAAGUCAUUCUGCUAUGCUCGAAAGUGCGGAAAGCCACGACGACGGUGGUCGUAUCAGAUGCGGCUAUGCUUGAGGUUUUGGGUGACAAAAUCAGUGGGAAGGUGGGGGCCAACACAGUUAGGCACGACGAGGCGAAGUGGACUGUCGAUUCGAACACAGGCUUUGGGUUUUGCGUGCUACCCUUGCGCAUCAUACAGUUCCAUCACCAGUAUGCCAUUGUGAUAGAGAUGCCCCAGUAUCACAAUCCUAAUAUCCUGGAGGGGCAUCCAAUCAACAUUCAAAUAAUUGACUUCGAAGAUGGCACCGAAUCAGCGCCAGCUCGAUACACUUAUAUACCCUCAGGUAAGAACGAACUGAUAU